UGAUAGAAUACAGACAGGCCCAUUUAAAGCCCGUUUCACACUGUCUCUCUCUCCAAAAGGCACACUCUGUCUCUCUCUCUCUGUGUUAAUAGAUUCCCUGCUUCACCUGAAAGUCUCUCUAGAAUUCAUGUCGGACACAGGUCGGCCACUGCCAAAAUUUGGUGAAUGGGAUGUCAAUGAUCCUGCAUCUGCUGAGGGAUUCACUGUAAUUUUUAACAAGGCAAGGGAUGAGAAGAAGACAGGUGGCCAACCGGAAUCACCAGGAAAGGUUGUUGAUUCUCAUGUUAAGCCUGGAUUAAAUCCUGCCAAAUCUCAGCCUAAAAAAUGGUUUUGCUGCAUCCAAAGUCCGCAUGUGGAGUCUUGACGAUGUCUUUCCAUCAUAAGGGCUUCAACUGAAGUGUAUGUUUAACUAUCUAUGUCCCCACAAUAUAUUUACUAAAGAUGAUAGGAGCUGUAGGAUUGUUACUGCUGGAUUUUUAUUUUUUUUGUGAUGUAAAACUGAGUUAUGGUGGGGGGGAAUGAACAAAUACACAAUAAUUGUAUCUAUCAUGCACUGAUAUGCUUUCUUCUCCUUGCAUUCAAUCAUUUUGGUGAGUAAAGAAAAGCCACCAAGGUUGUGAUUGAUUAGUGUUACAUGGGGAAGAGACAAAAAGCAAACAUGUUUGGUUAAAGAAUGUUUUCAAGAUAGUUUUAGAAUGAAUUCCUGAACUUUCAAUACAAAAA